AUGUCAAUAUUCUUGCAAGAGCACAAUUUCAAAAUGUUGGGAAUUUCGAAAACUAAAAUAGUUAAUUUAUAAAUAAAGAUGUGAAUAUUUACAUACAAACCAUGGAAAAAUUACAACUGACACUAGCUAUAAUUAAGCCGCAUGCAGUGAAAAAUCCAGUCGCAGUUUCAUAUAUAAGGAAUGUAAUAAAAAAUAAAUUUGUGGUUGUGAGGACGAGAAGAAUUAUUCUUGAUACCAAAGAAGCUGGCGAUUUUUACCAAGAACAUGAAGGAAAAUUCUUUUUUAAUCGUCUAGUAACAUUCAUGGCCAGUGGAUAUAUAGACUUGCAUGUGAUAGCACACAAGAAUGCCAUAGAGUUAUGGAGGAAAAUGCUAGGUCCUACUAAAGUAUAUAAAGCACAAUUUCAGGAGCCCUACAGCUUGCGAAGCAUGUUUGGGAUAUCUGACACAAGAAACGUAGCUCAUGGAUCAGAUUCAACGGUAUCAGCUGAACGGGAGAUAAAAUUCUUUUUUCCUGACUUUUCAUUUUACGAAUGGCACAACAAUGAUGAAAUAAGAUUUAGGACUGGACCUAUUAUAUUUAACAAAUACCUUUUCCAACAUGUUAGAAAAUUGUAGCUAAUUUGAAACUACAUACACUCAGUUUUGUCAAUUUUAACUGAAAAGUUAAACUGUUUCAUUCAUAAACAAAGAUUUAAAACAGUUCAACUGACAGUUAAUUUCUACACAAGCACAAUUUUAACCGAAGCCAUACUGUUUAAAACUACAAACUGAUUGUAUGUAGGGGAUUUACUGAUUAGUACAAAGUUAUUUUCUUUCAGUUAUGUGAUAAUUUAUUA